UUUUUAAUUAAGUUAGGUUUAAGUGGCUGCAUAAAUCCAUAGUAAUGAAUAUCAUCCAUCUUAAGUGGGAUUUAUAUCCUACAUUGAAUUGUGCUGAGUAUUGAAAAGUUCAAGCCAACCGAAUUUCCAUGUUAAACAAAUUCAGUACGAGGUUUUCUAAUGUAGCAGAUAUGAUCUAUAAUUUGAAGAAAUGUUAUAAUUGUGCUUCAAGUGCACAGCAGAUCAUCGUUGCAGCAGAUCGGAUGUCUACAGCGCGAGUGUCGCAGGUUACGUGUAUGUACCACGCAGAUAUAUUGAUUUUCUCUUAAACUCCAAGCAGAAUUGAAUUCUCUGAUAUUAUAUCAUAUUACCUCCUUUAUCAUUAAUUCCUCUUUGUCGUUAUUUAGGAUCUAUUUUAUGAGGUUAGUAGAGUUAAUAGGGACAAACAGCUUUUCGGUUAGACUGAACGGUUCUAUAUGUAAAAUAACCGAGUGAAAGUUAAAAUAACAAAUUGUCUGCUUUUCGACAUUUUUGCUUUGAUUACAACGCUAGAAUAUUGUCAUACUGUGACUUGUGAAAGUAGGAAGCCAAUUGUGGCUGACACAAUAUCGAAAUAGCCAAUUCACUGAAAGGGCGUGAGGCUGCAACUACAGGUUGGGACGCAGCCUAAAGUCUGCUUGGAGCAAGUGGGCUGCUAGUUUCAAUCACAUGUGCAAGUGAGUUCGUUCAUAGCGACACGCUCAAGAAAAUUCUCCCUAAAAUCUCAAUUAUUGAAAAUCUGAGAUUUCAGUUCAACUCGAAACAAGUCUUCAAGUGAUUCUUGUUUGAAUACGCAUCAGUUUUGCCAGGAAAAAUCUAUUUUUUGUACAUAUUCUACUAUAAAACACACUCGUAAACGUAUACCAAAUUGUGUGGAGCUCAGUUGAAACAUUGACUUCGAUGCAGCAGCUAAUGUUUUAACCUUCUUCUUAAAUUAAAAUGUUCGAAAACGUAUCUCCUGAUCAGAAAGAUGAACAUUACGGAGAUGAUGAAUUUAUUGAAGAAUUUGAACAUAAACCAUUACUAACAUGUAUACCUAAAGUAGAACCUCUAUGUUCUAGUACAACUGAUUUAAUUGAAGAUACAUCAAAUGUGGAAGGAGAGGUAACAUCAAUUCCUUUGACUAUUCCAUAUAAAAUAAAAGAUCCCAUUAUUUUACUUGAAAGAUGUGAUAAAAUAUGGGAAACACUAAAAGUUAUAAAAAAUGUGCAAGGUACAACUAAGAUUGAUACAUCUAAUGCACUGCCGUCGGAAAUAACAACUUCAAAAUCAUUAUAUAUCGAAUACCAACCAGUAUUAGGUAACAACAACACGGAAUUGCCAAAUUUUAAAUUUUAUGUGAAAUCCAAAAAAAAGUUAUUUCAUUGUUCUAUAUGUGGAAGGCAAUAUACUGAAAAUCGGAGGUUAAGAUAUCAUUCAGAGAAAGUACAUGGUAUUUAUAUAGCACCAAGACGAUAUCUCAAAAAUCCUGAUAAAGUGAAAGAAAAAGAUCCUAAUAUUGUUGAGAAAGAGGAAGAUAAAUUUGAAAAGGUUUCAUUAAAGAAAAGUGAAAAUAAAUUACAUACUGAGGCUUCAUUGUUACAAUAUGUGUCGUCAUCAAAUAAUAAUAAUAAAGUUGUCCCAAAUCUUCAUUCAAGAAGAAGUAAAUCUAAUAGUCUUGUACGCAAUAAUAAUGAUAUUCAUAUCAAUGGAACUACGCAAAAUGAACAAGAAAAGAAAUUAACUAAAGAAGUAAGACAAAAUGAAAAAGUAAUCUGUACACGGAAUUCUACAGCCUUAUCAACAUGCACAUUGUGUCAACAGGUUGUAAGGAAUAUAAGAAAACACUUAACUGAUUAUCAUAAAAUCGAAUCCCCUGAUUUUAUGUUAAAGAAUUUAAAUGAAACAUGUACUGUCUUAAAAAGCAAUAAAUUAAAAAGAAAAUUUUCUAAUGACGAAAACGAAACUGUGGGUAAGCUUAUUAGAAAAGAACAUGUUAUUCAAAAUAAAAGACGAAAAUUAUGUAGGAAACGCAGGCAAAGCUCUCGUCAAUGUGACAUAUGCCUUGGUAUUUAUACAUUGAGGAGUUUUUAUGAACAUAUACGUAUUCAUCGUAGCCGUGGAGAAACGAAAGAGAAUUUCCAUUUAUCCACAAACAGAUAUUUCAAUUCUCCAAUAUACUUACAAUCGAAAUUCAGUUCUAUGCGCACGCCUUUUGAAUAUACAAAUAAUGAUAAUUCUGAAUUCCAUAAAAAUAAAGAGAAAAUUAUGCAAAAUGAGAAUACGAGUGACAAUAUAUCAGAUAUAAAAUAUUAUGACAAACAUAAACAUAUUUGUUUAUGUGGAAGAAUAUUUCGUAAUCCCUAUACAUUGUUUAUGCAUAAAAAAACAUGUACUAUCACAAAUGAUGUGAAGCAACCAAUAAUAGAAAGUAAUGUAAAUAGAAAAAGUCGAUAUGAUACAAGAAGUGGUUCUGGUAGAGAUUCUGGGCUUGGAAUUAACAUAACAAUAAAGAAAAAGAAUGAUUCGUAUGAAAUUAUUGACAAAGAUAAUACAAGUGAAGAUAAUGUUACAAGAUUACAAUUACAAGAUUUCAAUCAUUCAAAAGAUUCUAAUGUGUCUAAUGAAGUUCUAAAAUUAUCUAAAUAUAGUGAGAAACAUAGUAUUUUGAAGAUCCAAUCUGCUGAUGAAAAUAUUGAUAUUGACAUUGAAGAAGAUUCACCAACCAAUCCCUGUAAUGAUAUUAUUUCUGGUUCCUCAAGUGAAAUAGUAAGUAAUUUGUGCAAAGAAGAAAAGCAACAAGAAACGAAAGCGGAACCAAAUAAUAUAUCUUACAAAAAGGAUGUUAAGUCAAAACUUGACAAACAAUCUAAUAGUGUUACAGUAAAUUUUGCUAAAAGAUAUAAUAUUUGUGUAUGUGGUUCUAAAUUUUAUACUAAGAAAGCUCUCGAGAUUCAUACUAAUAAACAUCAUUCAAGAUCACAACUGUUAUGUGGAUACUGUAAAGUUAGUCUUCCUAAUGCUAUUGCAUGGAACAAGCAUUGGUGUUCUGUUAAUGAAGGAAAACGGUUUAUAUUUGUACCAAUGGAGCUUAAGUGUCAUCAUUGCAGUGACAUUCUAAACACAUAUAAAAAGUUUGAUGAACAUAUUAAGCAUAAACAUUCUGAUCCUAUAGUACCAUUUCAAUGUUUUUAUUGUUCUAAACGAUUCUCUAAUACCACAUCUCGUAAAAUACAUUUUGAUACUGAUCAUGAAGUAACCACCUGUUCUAUAUGUAAUAACAAAUGUUAUGAUGUUAUGAAGUCCAGGCAUGAAGCAUAUCAUUAUGGACUUGGAUUUCCUUGUCAUUAUUGUAAAAGAACUUACGGCAGUAAAAAGUAUUUGUUAAGACAUAUGAGAAGAGUUCCUCAUCAUUCAUUGUUGUCAUCAAUGGAAAGUAUCAUAAACUAAUUCACAUGAAUCACCUUCCAUAAAUUUUUUAAAUUUUAUAAAGGAAGUGAAAUACUCAAAGAGUCGUGAAGAUGUCAUAAUAAUUUCACUGAAAUAGAUCAUUUAAACGUGUAGUUUGAUUUGUGAAUGAAAUUAACUAUGAUAUAAUUUAUAAUUCAUUUCACUAUUUUUCCUUUUUUUUUUCUAAUUACGACAGUAAUAAAUAAUACCCUUAGUUAUAAAAUAUCAUUUUAUUAUAUAUGUUACAUAUUUUCAUUGUAAUGAAAUAUGCAUAUUACAUAGAAAAGGUAUGCUACAUUGUCUAGUGUAUAAAAUAAUGUGAUUAUAUAUUAAAUAAGUAAAUAUGUAUAUAAGUGUAGGUUUAAGCGAUGUAAAGGCGAAUAAAAGUUACAUAAUUUGAAAUAUUAUAAUAAUA